UAACUUUUACAAUGUCGGGCUAUGACUGCAACCGGUUUGUGGGGUUAAGUGAGUCGGACAAAGACGAGCUCUCGUGCGGUAUUUGUCUCAAUAUAUUCAGGGAUCCAGUGGUCGCCCAAUGCUGUCGACAGACAUUUUGCACGCAAUGUAUACGCGAUUGGCUCAAAAAUAACAAUGAGUGCCCUUUUGAUAGGACACCAUUGACUGCGACUGAACUACAUAAACCACCCAGAGUAUAA